UUGGGUGUUUCAAAUAGAUAAGUUUUGCGUAUGUACUGUAUGUAUAUGUACUAUGCUUUUUUCACGUAUCUUCAGAUAACUUUAAAUGAUCUUCUUCGGUCUUUACCGAAAUUAAAACGAAUUAAUUGUUGGUCAAUAUUAACUAUAGCUCAUAUAUAUCUCGUUUUAUCGUUGAAAGAGAAAGUCCAGUCAAAUUACUUUAAUAAGUUAAGGACAAUAUUACGAAUCAAGAAUAAUUAUUUACGAAAGCAACUGGAGGGAAGCGACACCGAAAAGAAUACUUAUACGUACAGAUGUACGAACAUGUGUUUCGCGGCGUUAAAUACGCGGUAACACUCGAUGGAUUUAUUCAGUCUGUCAUUGGACCCCGUGGCGACAUGAAACUGCACACUUAUUUCUCGUGUUACACCCACGUACCAUUGGGUAAUCAUCGUAUAAUAGCCGAAUAAUCAUUUGUACGAGAAGGGUCGCCACGAUGAACGCUAGUCGGAUAAAUAAGAACCGAGGCCGGAGGCUAAGAGACCAAUAUGGCCACCUUAAACGCGCAACCCCGAGUGUCUAACCCCACUGAGAUGUUUAUUAUUCACUUAGGAUGCUCACGUAUUAUUUGUUCCCUGCUGAGCUUUUACCAAACUUAACCCCUUCGUUGAGUAAGCCAAGUUCUACCGAACAAGUGUUACGUGAAAAUAUUAUGGCUCAUAAAAGUAUUCGGGCACUUGUUAUCAGAUAGCGGAUUUUUACGCAUUUAUACUUAAUGUUGCAGGAAUACAUAGAAUAUGCAAAACUAUAUAAAACAUUCAAAGUAUAGGUAACGCUUGUUAUAACGUUUAAUGGAUAAAACAAAUUUCAUCUGCUUAUCGUGGGAAGGUUUACGAUGACUACAAAAGAUGUCGACACGUCGUUGUAUUUAUUGUAACAUUUACGUACUAAUUAAUUAGGUCAAAGUAUAUCAAAUUCCAUAUUGUUUGGUAGAACUUUCAUAUAACAAAGAAAGAUUUUAUGAAAAUGAAAUAUAGGACCUGAUGCUGUCUACGUAUCUUCAACUCUACAUUAACAUGUAUAUAAUAUUAAUAUAUAAUAUAAUAAUAAUAAUAAUAUUAUUAUUAUUAUUAUUAUAUUAAUAUUAUAUAUAUAUAUAUAUAUAUAUAUGUAUAUGCAAAUUAAUAGCCGGUAGAAAUCGAUAAUAUUCAUUAAUAGUUUCAAGUGAUUUACGAUAGUAGCCUAACUUCACGAUAAUCUUGUAAAAAUAUUUUACAAUUAUAUUAAUACUCUUUUUACAAUCAUUAUAAGAAGACUUGUGAAUAGACUUUGGUUUAUAAUACGUAGCGUUACAGACGUAAUCAAGGUAAAACCAUGAGCGAUAAAUUUAUGAAGAAAUAUUGUUAAGAAUAGUACUGAUCGGUUAUGCUUACCAUUAUUGUCUCAAAGACAACUUGUAAGUAAUUGACAACAUGGAAUAUAAUCGUGAACCGUGUCCCUGGAGAAUAGUGGACGAUUGCGGAGGUGCCUUCACCAUGGGCGCCAUUUGUGGCACACUUUUUCAAAGCGCCAUCGGUUUCCGAAACGCACCAUCGGGAUUCCAACGACGCCUCCACGGCGGCCUAACGACAGUAAAAAACCGUGUUCCUCAAAUCUCCGGCAACUUUGCUGUUUGGGGCGGCCUUUUCUCUGCUAUCGAGUGCACCUUGAUCCGCUGUCGUCGUAAAGAAGACCCGUGGAAUUCCAUAUUAAGCGGAGCGCUGACUGGAGGCGUUUUGGCCGCGAGAACCGGAUUUGUAUCGAUGAUAGGCAGCGCUACCGUUGGUGGCAUCUUCUUAGCUCUCGUUGAAGGAUUCGGAAUAAUGGCGACGCGACUUCACGCAGAUUCUUUCGCUCAACACAUGCAGAUGUACGAAAUGGAGAAUCUUCCGGAGUUCACCGGACUUGCGCCGAAAGCGAGGAUAAGUUUCACUGGCGCGCCGAUUAACGUGGAUGUGCCGAUGCAGAUGAAUGGUAAUAGCGUGGAGGUUGAUAUGAUCAAAGGUAGAUGA